AUGUCGUGCACGCCCGGGUUGAUUACGUGGAAUAUUCCGCCCUUCGACACUGACAAGGUGAUGUGCCCCGAGUACAGUGAGGUGUGCACGAUAUCCGCCACCGGCAGCGGCGUGACCCCAGCGGUUGAAUGGGACGGCACGGAGAAGGAGUGGAGGAGAACGGCCCCUGCGGAAGCGCCGGAGCCGGAGACAGCGCCGCCGAGUAGCGACGUGAAGGUCGCUUCAGAGCCCGCUGGGGACUCCCUCCUCAGCGCGUCGGAGGAACAACACCAACAAAGGGGGGAAAAAGAUCCGCGACCUCAGUUGUCGCAGGAUGCAGACAGAGAGGCAGGCGAGGCGUCAGCACCUUCUAACAGCAUGCCCAACUCCGACGCAGAGGAAAACGAAAAGGCGGAGUACAAAAAAGAAAAGAAGGUGGAGGAGGAGGAAGAAAAGACAGAAGGCAGUGACGGUGCAUUGGCGCCCCCACCGUCGGCAGCACCGGAUGCGCCCAGUGCUCCUCGCACAGGCGCAGCUGAGCAGGCCGUCGGUGCGGAAACUUCAGAGCGGCAACGAGGGACCUCGACCCCCGCAGACGGUGCAGUCACGGCGGCCUCGGUGGCUGACGGCCAGGCACAGCAGGGCACUCCGUCGCACGAGCCAGAGAACGUUGGCGGCGUGCCGUCUGCUUCCGCCGCGCCCACCGGCGAGACGCCAAACGCUGCCGCCAAGGAAAAUGGCGCAGGCCCCCAAACUGCGGCGGACGCGGACGGCAGCCACGACGCACCCAGCAACGCCGCCACGGCACCCACGGCUCCGGCGCCUGGGCAGCAGCCAGGCACCCCGCCAACACGCGACGCAGCACCGCACUUAAGCAACAACUUCGCCGCCUUCAUGAACACCACAGGGCUGUUCCCGAUGAACACAGAGAGCGACGUCGCUGUGCGUGGGUGUGUGUCUUGGCCAACGCUGCUGACUCUUCUGGCGCUUUUUGGCGUCGCGGCAGGCUUCUGA